CCGCUGAAGCCUCUCACUACACCAUUCCCAAACAUGAUGUUCAGCAGCCUCAUCCUCUGGUUACAGUUCCUCAUCCUCUACGUCGCCUGUGAUUCGGGACCUUUGGAAGAUGUAGUAAUAGACCGAUACGACAUCCCCAAAGUCUGUCCCCGAGAGGUCCAAAUGGGAGAUUUUGUACGAUACCAUUACAACGGGACCUUUAAAGAUGGACAGAAGUUCGACGCCAGCUAUGACAGAGGGGUGGCAGUGGCGGGAUUUGUCGGAGUGGGGCGCCUCAUCACCGGACUGGACAGGGGCAUUCUGGGAAUGUGCGUCAACGAGCGGAGAAAACUGAUUGUGCCCCCCCACCUGGGAUACGGCAGUAUAGGCGUGCCCGGCAUGAUCCCCGCCGACUCCACGCUCUACUUUGACAUUCUCCUCCAGGACAUCUGGAACAAGAAUGAUGAAGUACAGAUAACAACCAUACACAAACCCACCCAGUGCAACCGGACCGUGCAAGACUCGGACUUUGUGAGAUACCACUACAAUGGGACACUCCUCGAUGGGACUUACUUUGACUCCAGCUAUAGUCGUUCCAGCACGUAUGAUACAUAUGUGGGGUCAGGUUGGCUCAUAAAAGGCAUGGAUAUCGGCCUGCUGGGAAUGUGCGCAGGGGAAAAGAGAAGGAUAAUCAUCCCACCAUUCCUGGCCUAUGGAGAAAAAGGAUAUGGAACCGUCAUCCCCCAACAGGCUUCUCUGGUCUUUCAUGUUCUUCUGAUCGAUUUCCACAACCCAAAGGACGGCAUCACUGUGCAGAACCAGGUGGUCCCCCAGCCGUGCAAGCGCAAAGCCGUGACCGGAGAUUACGUUCGUUACCACUACAACGGGACCCUCAUGGAUGGAGCACUGUUUGACUCAAGCUACUCCAGAAACUCCACGUACAACACAUACAUCGGUAUGGGCUACGUCAUUCCAGGAAUGGACGCCGGGCUACAGGGAGUCUGUAUAGGAGAAUGGAGGCGAAUCGUCAUCCCCCCACAUCUUGGUUAUGGGGAGAAUGGCGCAGGGAACAGUAUCCCAGGAUCUGCUGUCUUGGUUUUCGACGUAUACAUCAUAGAUUUCCACAACCCAAAGGACUCUGUGGAUAUUGAGGUGACGUACAGACCGGACACCUGUAACACCACAUCGAAAAAAGGGGAUUUCAUUAAAUAUCAUUACAACUGCUCCCUGCUGGAUGGGACUCUGCUCUUUUCCUCGCAUGACUACGAGGCUCCGCAGCAGGUCACACUGGGAAUGAACAAAGUUAUCGAUGGCCUGGACACUGGUCUUUUAGGAAUGUGUAUUGGGGAAAGGAGAACUGCCCUCGUGCCGCCCCAUCUUGCCCACGGAGAGCGCGGAGCCCGUGGAGUACCCCCUAGUGCUGUGCUGAGGUUUGAACUGGAGCUGCUCCACAUGGAGGAGGGGAUACCGGAGGGGUAUUUGUUUAUCUGGUUGCAGGACACUCCUGAAAACCUCUUUGAAAUUAUGGACCUUGACAAAGAUGGAGAAGUUCCCCAAGAGGAGUUUUCAAAUUUCCUGCAUGCCCAAGUCUCGGAAGGAAAGGGAAGGUUUUUGCCCGGGUCGGACAGAGAGAAAUCCGUCGCCGACAUGUUCAUAAACCAGGAUCGCAACAAGGACGGAAAGAUCACCGCAGAUGAGCUGAAGCUGAAAACAGAGGAGGAAACUGAACGGGUCCAUGAAGAGCUGUAAAACGUGCGCAGACUGACCACUGGUACAGGGCCAGGGGAUUAUGGGUACUGGUGCCAGGGGAUUAUGGGAGCCAGUGCCGUUACAACUACAACACCCAACAGCGAUCUGAGUAGCUUCCAGCUCCCUAUGGCUCUAGCAAAAUUGAAUCCAUUGUUAUUGUGUUUCUAUUAGUGGGUUUAAAUUAUUCCUUAUAUCCAGUGUCAUCCUGGAUAUUUGUAUUUCUGGCAGGGAAAAGACCUGAGCUUUCUCUAUGUUAAAUUAACUGAAGCCCUUUCGCUUCCUAAGCUGUUUGGCACCUAUAUCCCCGCACAUCUUUAUGGAGAGAAGCUUGCCUUACAAUUAACUUUAAGUCUGGGGUGCACCAAAAGUAUAAACAUACUAAAGGUUAAUUAAAAGGCAAACUUCCCCUUUAGUUUCGAUAAAGAGUGCUAAUUUAGCAGAUUUAAGUUGACCGAUCCAAUUGGCAGGGAAGAUGGUGCAAUUGCACUGAUCCAUUGUAGCACUGGGCCGGGGUGCACAGAGUGUGUGGGCCGGUCCAUUUCCAGGUCGGGGGAUGAUCCAAUACAUGCACUAAAUUGGGUCAAUGCAGGUUUCCAUUUUGGCCCAUCAGCUUUGGCGCAGGAGUAGUUUUUAGCCACCGGGCAACAUGCAAUUUGGUCAGACACCGACCAACCUUAGGGGUUCUUCAACUCUUAUGUUAACCUUUAGUAUGAUGUAGAGAGCAAUAUUCCGAGACAAUUUGCAAUUGGUCUUCAUUUUUUAUUAUUUGUGGUUUUUUAAUUAUUUGUACAGCAGUUUUCCUGCUUGGAGUUUCAGCAGCUAUUUGGUUGCUAGGAUCCAAAGUACCUUAGCAACCAGGGUGUGGUUUGAAUGAGAGACUGGUAUAUAAAUAGGAAAGGGACCUGAAUAGAAAAAUAAGUAAUAAAAAGUAACAAUAACAAUAAAACUGGAGCCUCACAGAGCAAUAUGUUUUAGCUGCCGGGGUCAGUGACCCCUAUUUGAAAGCUGCAAAAAGAAGGUAAA